AUGGCUACUCCGACCAAUUCUGAUGCGGCCCCUCUUCCACCGCUCUCUUCUCCUUCUUCCCCCAAUUCUGAUGCAACCAAUUCUGUUCAUUCGCCAUUGUCACACUCUGUGAGCUCGGUGACUGUCCAGAACAUCGCUGGUAUGGUUCCUAUCAAGCUGAAAUAUGGAAAUUAUCUGUUGUGGAAGAAUCUUUUUCUUCCGGUGCUGCGCAAAUUCAAGCUUCUUGGUCUUAUCAAUGGCGUUGAACCUUCUCCUCCGCGCACCAUCGUUUCUUCUUCAGGUGCUGUUGUUGAGAAUCCACAAUAUGAUCUCUGGUAUGAUCGCGAUCAAAGCCUCAUGAUCUGGCUUAUUUCAACUCUCUCUGAGGAUCUUCUCUCUCAUAUUGUGGGCAUUGAAUCUGCUCAAGAUUUGUGGAAUCUUUUUGAAAGGCAUUUUUCUAGUGUUUCUCGAGCCAAUAUUCAUCAACUACGCUCUCGUCUUCAAAGCAUUUCUAAAGGCGUCCUCUCUAUGGAUUCUUAUCUUCAAUAUGUGAAGGAAUUGCUGAUGGCUAAGCAGCUGCUGGUCAAUCGUUGUCGGAAUCAGAUCUUGUUGCCUAUGUGCUCAAUGGUCUCCCUGAUGAAUAUGACUCUUUCAUUACUUCAAUCGAGACAAGAAUUGAACCUGUUACUCUCGAUGAAUUACAUCUCUUUUACUCAGCCAGGCGGACGUGGUCGUGGUCGGUUCCAUUCCAACUAUGGUUCUCAAUAUCAUUCUCGUAAUCACCCUUUCCCUGGCACCACCAACUCCUCUGGCCGAGGCCUUUUACCUACGCCGUCAUCUUCUUUUCCUGGCAACACCUCCAAUGGUACCACCUCCAAUGGUUUCUUCUACAAUUCUUCUGGAUUCUCUACUGAUCGUUCCAUGACUUGUCAAAUUUGUGAGCGCAAAGCUCCUUCCGCGCACUAUGCUCACUCUGCUUCUCAGCCUACUGAUAAUCUCUGGCUUGCCGACUCUGGUGCUUCGAAUCAUGUUACCUCAAAUAUGAGCAAUCUGAGUCACUCCUCCCCAUACACAGGAUCUGAGACUCUCUGUGUUGGUGAUGUUGCUCAUAAUUUGCUCUCCGUGCACAAAUUUGUUAGUGAUAAUCACUGUUCCCUAAUUUUGGAUGAAAUUGGUGUAUCAAUUAAGGACAAUGCUACACAGAGGAUGUUCUAUCAGGGCCCUUGUGAACAAGGUUUAUAUCCCAUCUACUGCAGCUCAUCAGUUCAAGUUUCACCUCUCUCCUCUAGCACCUCUCCUACAGCUUUCUUAGUCAGUAAGGCUUCUCUUCAAACUUGGCACAAGAGGUUAGGACAUCCUCAUUCUGCUAUACUCAAGACUCUUGUAACUAGUAAUAAACUUCCUUUAGCGGGUUCUAGCUUUUCUAAGCCCCACUGUACUGAUUGUAUUCUUGGUAAAGCUACCAGGCUUCCUUUUACUUCUUCUUCAUCUGUAUCCACUACACCUCUAGAAUUGGUGCACUCUGAUGUUUGGGGACUGAGUCCAAUUGACUCGUGUACUGGCUAUAGAUACUAUGUACUGUUCUUGGACGAUUACACUAAUGACUCAGGUGGUGAAUAUCUUAGUACUGGCUUUCAAACUUUUCUUAACCAACAAGGCAUUAUUCAUCAAUUUAGUUGUCCCCAUACUCCUCAACAAAAUGGGAGUGCUGAGAGGAAACAUCGACACAUAGUUGAACUUGCACGAACCUUCUUAGCUGCCUCUGGAGUACCUCAUAAAUAUUGGGUGGAUGCCUUUCUCACUGCUACUUAUCUCAUUAAUCGCUUGCCUCACCAUACUAGCCAUAUGUCUCCUUGGCAGCUUCUCUUUAACACUCAUCCCAAUUAUCAUAGUCUCAAGGUUUUUGGCUGUGCAUGUUUUCCAUGGCUCCAACCCUAUGCUCCCUCCAAACUUCAUCCUAAAAGUAAACUCUGUAUUUUUAUUGGUUAUAGCUUGAAUCAUUAUGGUUACAGAUGCUUAGACCCUGUAACGGGGAGAGUUUUCACUUCAAGGCAUGUUAUUUUUCAUGAUGACCACUUCCCUUUUACUGUCUCUUCUUCCUCCUCCACUUUUCAAUUUCCUAUUGAGCUUACUUUUCUACAGUCUUCUUCAACUAGGGAGGUCUGCACUUCUUUACCUCCAGUCUCUCCUUCUUCCAACACACCACAGUUGAACUCCUCUUUGCCUCUUCCUUCCUUACCUCCAGGCUCUCCUUCACAAUCUGAUUCUCCUUUACCCUCUUCAAUUGACUCUUUACUUUCCCCUGCUCCACUUCCCCAAAAUACUCAUUCUAUGGUUACACGUUCCAAAAAUGGCAUUACCAAACCAAAAGCUCUUUUUGCCACUCAAAAUCCUAUUUCUUCCUCUCUGGAUCACCUCUCUCUCUUACCCACCACACCUACUACAUAUAAACAGGCUGUGAAAUCUAAAGUAUGGCAAGAUGCCAUGCAAGCUGAAAUUGAUGCUUUGCUCAAGACCAAUACAUGGACCUUGGUUCCUCCUUCUUCUUCUCAAAAUAUUGUUGGCUGCAAAUGGGUAUAUCGAAUCAAACAUACAGCUGAUGGUUCUGUGGAAAGGUAUAAGGCUCGACUAGUUGCGAAAGGAUUUCAUCAACAAGAGGGUUUGGACUACACUGAAACCUUUAGUCCAGUGGCUAAACCCUUGACCAUUAGACUGUUUCUUUCUCUGGCGGUUCAAUUUGACUGGUUUUUAAACCAAUUAGAUGUCAGCAAUGCCUUCCUUCAUGGUUUUUUAAAGGAAGAUGUUUUUAUGGAGCAACCUCCAGGUUUUCUUGACUCUACAACGCCUCAUUAUGUCUGCAAGUUGAAUAGAUCUUGGCCCAGUGCUUACUUUCUGGGAUUAGAAGUUCAUCGCAGCUCUCAAGGUCUUGCUUUAUCUCAGACAAAAUAUGCCUAUGAUCUUCUUCAACGAACUGACUUUCUCGGUGCCAAACCUUGUUCAACUCCCUUGGGCUCCUCUAAGUUGGAUCUUGAUAGUCCAGCACUUUCUGACCCCACUUUUUAUCGUUCUACCGUUGGGGCACUUCCGUAUCUUACUUGGACCAGACCUGAUUUAGCUUUUGUUGUCAAUCAGGUCUGUCAACACAUGCACAACCCCAGAGAAUCUCAUUUAGCUGCUGUAAAAAGGAUCCUAAGGUAUCUUAAAGGCACUCUUCAUCUUGGUCUUUGGUUUAGAAAGGGUCAGCCUCUUCUUCAAACUUUUUCUGAUGUUGAUUGGGCAGGUUGCCCUGUUGAUCGACGUUCUACAAGUGGGUCUUUGUGUUUCCUCGGCCCCAAUCUUCUCUCUUGGUCUGCCAAGAAGCAAACUACAGUUGCUAGAAGCUCCACUGAGGCUGAGUAUCGAAGUGUUGCCUUAGCUGCUGCUGAAUUGGUUUAUCUAGCUAAAUUGUUUAAAGAUAUUGGCUUCUUUCUAGGCACUCCUCCUCUUCUCUGGGUGGAUAAUCAAUCUGCUAUUUCUUUGGCUUCGGUUUCUAAUCCUGUGUUUCAUGCCAGGACCAAACACGUGGAAGUUGAUUAUCACUUCACACGAGAACUGGUGCAAAAUGGGUUCCCUUAG